AUGAACAAGCACCAGCAACAUGCGCGCACCGCCUCCCAGGGCCGCAAGCUGCUCCCACCGCACGCAAGACCCAACAAACCUGCGCCACUGAAGAGAGGAGCCAGCUAUAACAAUGCUCACUCUCACGUCUCAAGCCCAAAGAGCCCGUCAUUCAACAAGACGCAGUGGAGGAGAAGCGUUGGAGGUGGAGAGGAAGUGCAGCCCAUUGAGGAGGAAGAAAGUGGCAUGGCUAGUUUCCUGCAGUUCUGCACAACCUGUGAGCGGCAGAUAGUGACACCAGGCGCUGUCCUAUACUGCUCGGAGGCGUGUCGCAGAAAGGAUGUUUCUCGACCAACGUCCCUACAAUCACUAGAGAGCGUAACAUCUCCCUCGAUCGUACGGAAUACAUCCUCCUACUUCGACCAACCCCCCAGCGACAUCGUACCUCAGCGCUCGCCCACAGUCCUGCGUCCACUCUCCCAAACAUUCUCCGACCUCUCGCUCUACGACUCCCACUCCAGCGACUCUUCCAGCGAUCUAGAAGCCCGCCAAGACAGCCAUGCAGCGCACUACCUCGAUCAGUUCUACUCCGGCUUCGCAGCCGCUGAGCAAGCAACAUCUCGCUCCGGCCGCCCUCGCAUGAACCGCUCCUCGACCACCAACGACAGCCAUGCAAUACCUUCUCUUGUGCACUCCCCCAGCUCCUCGUACGGCACUGUCGCUUCGAACGCAUCAUACAGACCGGUAGCGAAUCGACAUCAUCCUUGGAACUGCAACUGCUCUACUUCGAAAUCGAUCGAUCUGGUCAUACCUUAUCCGACUGCAUCCACGAGUCCGACACAGCUGCUGGAAGAUGCGAGUCUGAAGAGUGGAGCGAGCACGGAGACGUCGUUCCGCGUGGUUGAGGCUGGGGACGUCUCGUAUGAGCAGAGAACGCUGCGGGGAAGUAAGAGCGGUUCAGAGAGGAAGACGAGUGCGGAUAGAACGCUGAAACAGUUGUUCAGCCAUGAUGCCAUGAAGGCGUCGCCAAAGUAG